AUGGCUUCAUCAAGCUUCUCACCAGCUACACCUCCAGUUUUCAAUGGAGAAGGAUAUCACAUUUGGGUAGUCAAGAUGAGAACCUACCUCCAAGAAUUUGAUCUAUGGGAGGUAGUUAACUCAGAUGUUGAACCAGAACCAUUGAGAGCAAAUCCAACAGUGGCUCAAAUGAAGCAGUACUCUGAAGAAAAAAGUAAAAAGCACAAGGCCAUGUCAUGCAUUCAGAAUUGUGUUUCUGAUGACAAACUUAAGGAGGAGUUCCAAGGUACUGAGAGGACAAGGCAGCAGCAGUUGUUGAAUCUGAGAAGGGAGUUCGAGAACCUGAAGAUGAAGGAAGAAGAAACUGUCAAGAAGUAUUCUGACAGAAUCAUGGCUGUAAUUAGCAGCAUAAGGCUCCUUGGUGAGCAAUUUGAUGAGGCAAGGAUUGUGGAGAAAGUGCUCUCUACCUUACCAGAAAGGUAUUGUCGAGACCAUUUUUAA